AUGGCGGCACCGCUGGUGUCGCCCGCAGCGCUGGCCGCCCUGGAGAGCGAAGGCUGGCACGUCUCCCCGCACGCGCUGCUCGCGCUGCUCUCCGCAAAACCCCCCUCCGCGGACGGCGGCGCACCGGAUCCGCACGCCUCCGCCGCCUCCGCCGCUUCCGCGUCCUCGGCGGGGCAGCCAGUUGGCGCGCGGCAGAGCGCGCCGAUGUCGGCGCAGCAGGUGCGGGCGGCGGCGCUAGACCUGGACCUGCGGCGGUUCGGCGAGGCGUGCUUGCCGGACGAUGUGAACCGCGCCGAGUACCGCCGCCUGUCUGGGAAGCUCGUCGUGCAGGUGAGUCUGCAGCCCUUGCCUUCCGCACCCCUCUCCUCGUACUCCCCUUGCCCCUCGCCCCUCCUUGCCCCCCGCCCUCACCUUGCUUCCUUCGUUCCCGCGCUCCUCUUGCUCCCUCGCUCCCCUCUCGCUCCACGUGUCCUCCUUGCGCCCCGCCAGGUGGUUUCAGCCGUAAAUGUGUGCGAGCCCAGGGGAGGUGAGGAUGCUGAGUCAGCUGCCGCUGCUGCUGACGAGGACGACCGCUGGGACGACGAAGACAGGCAACCCGGCCCCCCUGCUCCCUGUCCUGCUACUGCUUCCGCCGUUGGUGUGGAUGGGCUGGGAGGGCGAGGUGCUGUGGGUGGCAGUGGGGGGCGAAGGCUGCUGCGCAUUCGGGUGACGGACGGCAAGAGGAAUGCGAGUGCUGUGGAGAUGCACCCGUGCCCUCACGUGCCGGCUGCUCUUGCUCCUGGCACCAAGCUGCUCCUCACGGCCCCCACCAUCCGCCACGGCUUCAUGCUGCUGGACCCUCAGACCGUGCAAGUGCUGGGCGGCCGUGUCUCCCCCCUCUACGACGAGUGGGACAUGCAACGCCGCUACUCCCUCCUCCCCGCCCUCACCCCCUCCGCCGCCUCCUCCUCCGCCCACUCCGCCCGCUCCGCCCGUUCGUCCCCCGCCGCGUCCUCCUUGCUCGCCUCCUCCUCUCUUCCCGGUGCCUCUGCCGGCCCGCCGCCGUUCCGCGGGGUCACGGACACGCGCCUGCAAGCAGCGCCAGCUGUCACGACUGCUACUAGCACACCUGCCGGCACACAUGUGUCUGGAGCAGCGGGUGGCGGGCCGGCAGGAGGGCGUGGUGGUGAGGCCAGUGCUGCCGGCUCUGCCCCUGCAGCAGCGGCAGUAGCGGGUGCAGCAGGUAGUGUAGCGAGAGAAGGGGGGGAAGGGUCGGCAGAGGCGGGGGAGGCAGGGGCAGCAGCAGAGGCAGCGAGGGAGAGGGCGGUGGAGCGGGCGAGAGUUGAGGCUGCUGCUGCUCUUAAACACGCUGCCCCACACGAUAGGAGCGCUUCCAGGAAGCUUCUGGAGAAGAUGGGGGAGGAGCCGGGGCGAGGCAGGGGCAGGCGGGGGGGAAGGGGGGGAAGGGGGAGGGGGAGGAGGGGGUGGGAGGAGGAGGAAGAUGAGGGGACGAUGACACUAGAGGAAUAUGAGGCGAGGAAGGCCAUUGGGAGGCAAGGAGGGGGAAGAGGGGUGGGGGGGAUGACGGGAGGAACGGGCGGAACAGGAGGGAUGGGAGGGAGUGGAGGGAGGGUAGAUGCAAGCAGUGCAGCACAAGUGAUGUCAGAUGAGGAACUUGCGAGGAAGCUGCAGGCGGAGUUGGAUAUGGAGGACAUGGGGGGGUUUGUAACUUCCAGCCGGCUGCAGAGCCCGAGGGGAGCUACGAAGGGGGCAGGGGCGGGCGGGGCAGACGGGGGAGGAGGGGCGGAGGGUUUGGAGGGAGUAGCAGUGGCAGGUACGGGGGCAGAGGGGGUGAGAGAGGAGGGAGAGGAGGCAGAGGCGAAGCCCACCAAGGCGCAAAUCAAAGCCGAGCUGCAGAACAUGGCGAACACCAUCACCCAGAAGUUUCCCAAAUACGCGAAAUACGCCAAGGACAUCAACAAGUACAUCGGCCUAGCACUGAAUUCCAAGUACGAUUUCACGGCUCUCAGCGACGCGACCCUCCUACUCCCCAGCGACACGGAGGCCCAGGCCCUCGCCAAGAAGGUCCCCGCUAACAACGCCAACAUUCCUAAAAUCUACAACAUUACCGCGUACCACAUAAUCCGCAAGAAGUACACCGUUCCCGCGCUCAAGGCGCUCAAGAAAUCGCAGCCGCUGGGAACGCAGCUGAAGCAGGCGAUGUACAAGGUUUCGGUGCAGAAUGGUAACACCGUUUCCUUCGCCAAGACUCCCAACGCCCCCCCUGCCGCGUGGACGACGAUCCAGAUCGUGAGGCUGUACGCUGGACCGUACUUCAUUGCCCACGGCGUGGAUAAAGUCCUGAUUCCCACCUACACCAAGGUCUAA